ACGCGAUAAUAACUAUGGAAUUAGCAUAAACAAUCUUUUCAUAAUAAAUAGUAACAAACUCGUAGCUCUAAUUUUAAGCUGAAUUUGGUUUCAUCAGUUCAGUUUUCGAAACAUGUCAGAAACAUUGGUAUCCUUACCGAGUAUUUCAAGAAGUAGUCAAACACAAUCCACAUUUCGACCGGCAACUGAGGGGUUAAGGGAUGCGAAAUCUCGACCGUCUACCUUGGGUUCAAAUGAAACGCGUGGAGAGGAGGCGGGGGAGAGGCGACGAGAAUGUCUCACAUCUCUCUCUGCUUUGUACAGAUCUGCAUACAAGCCUUAUCAGUUUACACAUAUGUAUGGAACACAUUAUCAUCAGACCUUUCAAGGCAGAUUCGCUCAACCACCUCCAGCGGAAAGGCAGGCAACAGCAAGAUUCGCACCAAUAAAUUAUUCAUCACUGAAGACAACUUACCAACAAGAGUUCCGAGAUAAAGAGCCGAUGGGAAAAGCAUUAAUGUUGCCAUGUUCAAGGCACAGGAAAAAUAAACCUCAUCCAAAUUUAUCUAACACUUGGCGAUAUCCAGACAGUUUUCGUUGGAUUUGGAGUGAGAAGCCACUUGGAAAAAGAUCCUUAGGCACAGUUCAGGAAGACGAAAAUGGAACCAGAAGAACAAGAUCAACAGGUUAUUUUACUGGAAAAUCACAAGAUAUAAGAACGCACAGAUGGUGUUCAAGAUGAUGAGACUUCAAGUGAACUGAAAUGCAAAAAAUAGACAUUAAAGUUUUGCUAGUUUUGCUUAAGGGUCCAUAUAGUUUUGUUAUAGCGGAGAAACCCAGAAACUCAUUUUUUGGUAAACCUCAUCUUUUAUUCUUCCGACUAUGAAAUGUUAUUUCAUUUA